UAAAGACGCCUGGAUAUGAGACUUCGAACCCUAAGGGUGGGAAGCUUCGAAGCCGGCGGGUGUGAGGCUUCGAGUUGUGCGGAUGGUGCGCGUGGAGGCAGAUCACUCCAGGCCGCCCAGCAUCCAGCAUCGUCAUCUCUUCUCGUCUCUGGAACUUUCUCAUCUGCAAUGAAAGAUCAGUCAGUAAUGCCGGAAAACAGCGUUGUGUCCUUGAUCCACCAGUUCGACCAGCUGCAGGAGGAACGGGUUCAUAGUUAUAGACUUUUAGAAGAAGGGCACAAGAUCUAUCUUAGUACAGAACCAAACUAUGAUUUCCCAAAAUUUAGAAAACUUGUUCAUGAAGUUACACAAGACUUCAAGCGGGUUUCUGAGGGCAUCAUUGCUGUUGAGAAAGCUCUGAGAACGGACAAUCAUAUAACAGCUGCUGAUAUUAUUGCUUCAAUUCAGAAGAAUGAGAAGAGAAAGCUGGAGCUGACUACCCACUUGCAGCUUGCCCAUCAAAUGGCAGCAGAGCGUGACAGUGGGGAAUUGGAACAAAAUAAAGUUAAGGAAAUUAGAAGCGAGUUGGGUCAAGUGGUGGAACAAAUAAAUGACCUGCUGACAGAGCUCCGCUACGAAGUUCGCAAUGGAAAAUAGAUUCUAAGCAGAUGAACAUAGGUCAGUAUAAUGUGGCAUAUUAUAAUGUGAAAUUAAGGUUACUGUUUGACCUCAUUGUUAAAAAUUAACAAAAUACUUUUAAAAGCGGAAUCCUUAAAGGAAUAUAGUUUUUACGGCCAUAUGGGGAACACGACACUGCAUUAGCUUUAAAGAAAUUGGCAGCAAGAUCUUCUAAGGUACAAAUUAAGCAAUAGAACAUAUCAGAUAAAUGUAGAAAUAAUUUUUAAUCAUAAACCUUAUCAGUGUCUGAUUGUGGUUUCUCUUAUUGGCAUUGUUUAAAUGGCAUAAAUAUUGACAAAAUUGACCUAAUUUGUAAGUAGGAUACUAAAAUUAACAAAAUACUUUACAAUAAAGCAUUUGUGGCAAAAUGGUUAAGAGCUGUUUAGCUGCCUCACUUUCAAUGCAUUAGUGAUUCCCCUCUUCAUGACAAAUCACUUACUACUAUGCUUUUUAUUUAAUCAAUGACAUUUCAGAACAAUAUUCAAUCAGCAUUUUACUAGGUACCAUAAUUAAUAGGUCAAAAUUACUUGAGCAUUACCAGAAUAUAUUACUGCUGAAUGUAUAUGAAUACGAGCUACAAUUUACGAUGCCAACUUUUGGUACAAGCACACACACACACACAGUAUACAUACAUAUGUAUAAAAGGUUUGCCAACUGCAUUAAUUUUUUAUCCUUGUUUAUCUAGUUUUGGAUAUGAUCCUACUGAUAAAUCAUUCUUAAUGAUGUAUGUAUAUAUAAAGUUUUAUUAUUUUUUAAGCAUUUAAAUUUGUUGGGUUUUGACAAAUUAAAUUUGUAUUGACAACAUUCAAUGAUAGACAAUUCUUCUUUAAUUUAUAUAUCUCGACAUACAGGGUGUAACUACAGUCAACAACAACAACAGUUUUACCAAUUUUGGUAAUACUGUACUGUAUUUGAUAUGUUUUAUUUUUAAAUCUUAUUACCCAUCAAAUCAAUAUAGUUAAAGAUUUUUAAUACAUUUGAAGUUUAUUGUAGUUACUCAUUUGUGAUGAUAGUAUAUCAAAAUUACUUUGUUCGGUAUGGGGCAGAAGGAAUUAUUUUUGGUAAAUUGGAUGCAUUUGAUUUUGCAUGUAAAGCCAAGUGCAACACUUUACAAAUAAUCUUUAACUACCACACUCCUUAUUUGAAAGUUUUGCUGGCAUGCCCUUUCAGUAGUUUUAAUCACACCCCCACACCUACAGGCAUCUUGAAAUGUAACUCCUUGCACUUUGGCCUAACAUAAGCCUUCAGAAUUUAGACUAAUUAGAACAGUGUUUGCUUGCAGUAGACCCCAAGGUCUUAAUUUGGUGUUAUGAAUUGUUUUCUGUUAAUAAAUAUACUGAAGUA